AUGAUUGGUUCGGUGCUACUAACCUUAAUCAAACUGCUACACUUUGAAUUCGAUGGCAAGACAGCUUUGAAAAAAAAUCAUACCCUCUAUAUGGCUCUAGGUACUAUGCUUCAUAUCUUUGACACUCCAGAUUUGGAAAGGCUACAAUGGUGUUUGAUGUCAUUAUGGGGUGAUAGUGGGGAAAGAGGUCGUGGUCGCUUGGUGAUAGCUUCGGCUAGAGUUGCUGCGUGUGAUGGCUUGCUGCACGCACGAAGCUUGGCAGGAGUUGUAGGGUGCUUGAUGGAGAUGUUGGGGGCUAGAUCUCCUUGGUAUAGUGUUUGUGCUUAUUUUGCAAGAGUUACUGGUGAUGGGAAACUAUAA